AGUGACGUAGGCAGUAACGGUCUUUAUCUAAACAGAAGAGGACCUCGGUCUUCAGUCAUAUGUCUGACACUACAGUUCAGAGCAGAGCAUGUUGAUAUGAAUAAAGACUGACACUUCAUGUGUGUGCUUUAGUACAUCCAGUUAUUAUUAAAUAUGACCGUUUCAACGUCCUGACCAUAGACUUGACAGAUAAGAACCACCAGACAGCAGUAAGACGCCAUCUUAUUGGCUGUCUUCCCGCCACCACUGUGACGCGUCCUGCUCUCUGUUAGCAGGGUAGAAAGUUAAUAAAUUAAAGGGGGAUGAAAAAACAAUAGUUGAGGAAGAAUAUGUUUUAUUUUGUGAGUUUCAAUUUAUGUAAUGUACUGUAUGAAGCUCUGUAUUGUCACACAACUAAAAUGUUUUCUCUUCCUCUCCUCCCUCUCAUCAUUCCUCACGGCUCUCUCCCUCCUCUCACAUUUGGCUGAUCAUCACGGGCUCCUCAUCCAACAAAGAACUUGGAAAUUGCAAGAAAACACACAAACUCUGAAGACCACAGAGAGUCAGCCACCAACUCACACUGUACCAACCACUGUGUUUGAUGAAACCCAUCCAGAUGAGCCAACCACAAGUGAUCCACAGAUGAACACUGAUGUCUCUGAAAUCACCGUGUUAGCAGACAUGGAGACUGACCCUGAACCACUCAGCUCUGUUUCACACACACUGAAUGAUGACAUGGAAACUGAUGUUUCUGACCACACGUCACAGAGAACCUGCCCUAACAUCACUUCUUCAUCUACUGUGAAUCAACCAGAGGUACAUGAAGUGUUUCCUAACACACACACUGAACCAGAACCAGCACAUGGAUUCAGCUUAAACUCUGACAAAUCACAAGACUGUCCCCCAAGUGAGUUACUCUUAACUGAUCCAUUGAUAAAUACAGACACCAGUGUCUUAUAUGACAUCUCUCAUGACAUCUCCAUUAAAAUGUCAAAACUGGGAAAAGAGCAAAGUCAAAAAUUUCAGAGGAGACUUCUUCAAUCUGAAAACAUUUUACAAAGUAAGGAGAGUCAAAAGAGGAAAGAGAGAGUAAAGUAUGCUUUAGAUGAAAAGUAUAAAGCAAAGAAAAAAUCUUACUCAAGCCAGAGAUCUUCCAAGGAAGAGUUAAGAAAAGCAAAACAAAAAUAUGACACUAACGUUUACAGAAACAACCCUGAAAUACAGAAAAAGAAAAUAAAUAAUAUAAAGACUAGAUACAGAGAGAGCACAGAUUUUAGACUGAAACAAAAAGCCUAUAUCACAAGGAGAUACACAGAGGACAUUGAUUUCAGGCAGAGACAACAAUCUUAUAUCACUCAGAGAUAUGCUCAUGAUGAAGUGUUCUGUGUUUGACACAGACAGCUGAUGAGACAAAUAAUGCCAGACAGGUAUAAGAACAGUCUUCAUAGGAUGAGAUGUGCAUUAAAAAUAUCAAGGAAAUACAGACAGAUAAGUAGACACACAUGUGAGCCUGACAGAGAGAGAGAGAACCCUUUGAUCAGAGAGGCCAUCGCUGCUUUCAGAUCACACAUAAGAUCUUAGAUCUCACAUUUCCUGCAGCAGAGAUGCGUUGGCCAGAGGUGAUUAUUGCCAUAAAAGCACAGCAGGGUGAGGAGGUGAACUUUGAUGAGCUGGACUGGUCCACAAAGUGUGACAUUCUGAGAUCCAACCCCGUAACUGUGAUGAGAGUUUUUGAUAGAAGAGUUGAAGCCCUGUACAGAGACCUGAUCUUGUCUCCUGCACAACCCCUGGGCAAAGUGUACGACUUCUUUUGGCGUCUUGAGUUUCAGCACAGAGGAAGUCCUCACAUACAUGGUCUCCUGUGGGUUGAUGGUGCACCUGUGUUUGAGAAAGACAGUGAUAAGACUGUGUGUGACUUUGUGUCCAAAUACAUCUCAGCUCGGCUCCCUGAUCCAGAUAAACAGCCUGACCUGUUUAAAAAAGUCACAGAGGUGCAGAUACACAGCAAAAACCACUCAAAGACAUGUUUUAAGAGUGCUAGUUCAGGAUGCAGAUUUGGAUUCCCCAAACCUCCCUCCAGAAGGACAAUGAUAACCAGACCUGUGGAUGAUGUGGACUCAGAGAGACUUAAAGCAGCCAAAGAGAAACUAGCCCCACUGAAUCAGUUGCUGAAUAAACCUGAGACCGCCUCCCUGAGUUUUGAACAGCUCCUGUCUCGAUGUGACCUGACCCCCAGUGAAUUUGAGCAUCACCUGCACCUGAUGAGCCAGUCCUGCAGUAUCAUACUGAAGCGUGACCCAAAAGACUGCUGGGUAAACCCUUACAACCCUCAUCUGCUUGAAGCCUGGGACGCAAACAUUGAUGUGCAGUUUGUUCUGAGCUACCACAGUCUGAUCCGUUACAUCUGUACACACAUGUGCAAAAGUGAGAAGGAGACACGUCCUCCAUACUUCUCUUCUCAAUCAACAGUGACACCUUCUCUGCUGGACCACACAUAGACAUGUGACCUCCUGCCAGGGCUCUGGUGUCUUCACAACAAAGCAUGAGGUCUUCCUCCAGUGAGCUCCAGCCAGUUGAAGACAAGGAGAACUGCUCACAGAGCUAACAUGUUGACAUCAUGGCUCCAUCAUGGCUCCAUCAUGCAGCCUUCAGAAGCCUCCCUGUGAAGUGGCUCUGAUCAAACAUGUUGUUUUCCUCUGCAGCAGUUUUAAAGCUUCAUCCUCCAACCUCCACAUCACCAUCUGAGCAUUCAUGAUGAAGCCAGUGCAGCUCAGCAGAACUCUUGAGAGAAGAGGAGACACGUCCUCCAAACUUCUCCUCACCUUCUCUCUGGCUCUGAGGUCCAGUAGCAGCUUUCAACAACCAACAGACACCAAACUGGAGCAGAACCAAAGCUACAGCACUCGUCAGUCACCAGGGAGACCUUCCCUGUGUGAAGCUGCAGCUCAGCAGAGUUUAACUGAUGAUGAUCCUUCAACAAGAGAUCAACCAAAGAGCAACACAUCUGUCAUCACUAUCAGACUGAAAGUUCACUCUCACUGCAGCUUCAAGCUUUCCCUAGAGGUCACUGCAGUCAUGCUGUCGUCAAAUACACUGAUGAUAACUGCUCGCAGCCAUUCUUCAACCACAGGUCAAAGGUCAAACCAUUGCAACACCUUACCUUACACCAUCAAUGUGAAACUGUGCUGUGCAUGUUACUGACCUGCAGAAUGACUGCUUGUCUUAAUGAUGGGACAACUAUAAGUUAAGUUUUCUUUGAUUCUAGUUCUCUACCUCAUAUGAUCCAUUAUAUAUUUCUAUGUUGUGUUUUAUUAGGGUUUGAUUACUUUUGUAGAGUUCCUCCUCUUUUUGUGAGGAGUCCUUCAAAGUCAAGGAUAUCCCAGCGCUCCAGUAAGACUCAGUAAUCUGAGCAACGUGUUGCUAUAACAAACAAUAGAGACUAAAAUGUUGACUGUCAGUCCAGAACUAUGAACUAAAGAGAGAAUCAGCCCUGGUCUAACCAACCUGUGAGAAGUCUCUGAUGGUAAGGCUGAACAAUACAAAACAUCACUAUGAACAACAUACUCAGUUUAUGAGAAUUAAACAGAGUUCACUGUCAACAGAAUACUCUUAAAUAUCUUUCUUGACAUAUUUGUCACAUAUAUAAAUGUGUUGUUGAGCCUUGCCUUCUACAUUGAUAAAAAAAGUUAUCCUUUAGUUUUUUAACAAAAAUCAUACAUACAGGUCCUUUGUUUUUAAGGCCACUCCUCCUGCCUGUCUGGAAGUGUGUACUGUAAAAAAAGCAGUUUCCUUUCACCUGAGUUAUUGUUUGACAAGUUGAAAAGCCUCUGAUGGUAAGGCUGAACAAUCCAACACAUCACAGUGAAUAACAUACUCAGUUUAUGAGAAUUAAACAAAGAACAUUUUAGAGAGGAGAUUUUAAAAUCAAAAGAUCUUUCUUAAUGAAUGUGUCACACUUAGAAAUUAGUUGUCGAGCCUUGUCAUAUAGUGAUUGUAAAAGGAUAAUAAUUUAAGACCUUUUUAAAAAUGAAAUACACUUUUAAUGGUUUAUUUAACCUUUCAACCAGUUUUUUAACUUCUAUUUUUACAAGUUCUAAAUGAGUUGACACACAUCCCAGUUUUAAAUAGGCAAAGAAGAUUUUGAAGCAGAAGUUCUUCAUUUAUUUCAUAUGUAAAGGAUGUUUUGUAUCAAAAUCUGUGGGUCGUGAUGUUAUCUGACGUUUGACUGUCCAAAAUGUAUAAAGAAAUAUAUAUUCCACAUUCAAAUGAUUUAUAGUAUGACUUCUGUCAUUUAUGUAAAUCAUGUCAGACUUGUUGGGUGUUGUGCUGUCCAUAUAUUUAGUCACUUAUUUUCCUUACAAGAAUCAGAUGGCAUGCUAUUAAAAUGUAUUUUUUAAAGAA